UUGUUAGUUUUGUUACUAAAAGAAAAACAACACGUGCAUUGUUAGAAUUUAUAUUCCAAAUUGAUUUUUAAAAAAUUAUCAAAAAAUGACGGAAGAUAAAAAGAAAAUAAAAUAUUUAGUAGCCGAUACUACUGCCUUCAUCAAUACCGUACAAUUAAAUGAUUACUGUGAAAAUGUUUUGACCGUACCCGAUGUAAUUGAAGAAGUUCGUCAUAGAAGGCAGAUCAGACGUUUAUGUGUUUUGCCUUAUGAUUUGCAAGUUAGAGAACCUCGUGCCGAAAGUAUUAAACAUUGUGUGGAGUUUUCCAAAAAGACUGGUGAUUAUGCUUCGCUAUCGGGUAUUGAUAUUAAAGUUAUUGCCCUGACUUACGAAUUGGAAGCUGAUACCGUAGGUACUGCUCAUCUUAGAACUGAACCGGUGGUGGGAAAGAUUGUAGCCUCUAAGGAAAAACCUGAAGAAUUCCAAGAUAAUACAAAACUGCCGGGAUGGUAUAACAAGGGUCAUAUGGAUUCGGAAGAAUCUGAAGAUGAUGAUGAAGAAGACUACGAUCAAGGCGAGCAGGAAGAUGAUAAAGACUUAGACGAAGAAAAGGAUACAGAAAUUGAUACGGUAAAAGCUUCAAUUGAAAAACAACUUGAGAAUCCCGAUGAAAAACAUGAUGUGCCCGAGGUAACGCAGGAGGAAUUGGAAGAAUUAUUUGAAAAAUUAAAAUGUGAGGCAGCCGAAGAUGAUAAAACUUGUGAACUUUUAGUUCCUCAGCCACAACAAGAUGAUAAUGAGGACUCAGAUUCUACAGCAUCUGCCGACUGUGAUGAAAGACAAGAUGUUGAGAAAACAGAAGUAGCUAAUGGUGAAGAUGAUCAGGAUGAUGGUGAUUGGAUAACACCUUCAAAUUUGAAAAAAGUUAAAAAAUCUAUGGAAGGUAAAAUCGAAGCAGAUAUCAUACCCGAAGUUGCCUGCAUGUCAACAGAUUUUGCUGUACAAAAUACUUUAAAACAAAUGAAUCUUAAUAUUGCUGCCCUUAAUGGACGUAUAAUUAAACACUUGCGUACUUAUAUCUUAAGGUGUUAUGCCUGUUUCAAGACCACUUCCAUAAUGACCAAAGUAUUUUGCCCGAAUUGCGGUAACAAAACACUCAAGCGCGUAGCCGUUAGUUUAGAUGAAAAUGGCAAACAAGUAAUACAUAUUAAUACCAGACGUCCCUUAUCUACGAAAUACAAGAAUCAAAGUCUGCCACGUUUCAAGGGUGGUAAACAUUCUCGUAAUCCCAUUUUAUUUGAAGAUCAACCGAUGCCCCGUCAAAUGCCUUCACGUGUGGCUAAAACUAAGACAAAUGCUUUAAAUGAAGAUUAUAUUGCUGGUUUCUCACCAUUUGCUAUGCGUGAUGUGGACUCCAAAUCGGCCAUGUUACGGUCUAAGGGUCAUCUGAAGGAAUGGGCUCGCAAUAAUACUUUCGAAGAAGAUAGACGUCGUAAGAACUACAACCGUUUGUAUAAGUAAUUUAAUAUCUUGUUUGCAAAAAAUAUAUAUAGUUUUUUUCUAAUCAAUUACAUUAACAUUAAAUGUA